UUAUCGGCUAGUCUCGGAUGUUUCAUAUUUCUUGUGUAGACAUGUCAAAAUUACAUACGAUAAUAUCCACGUGUCAAGAAAAAAUGUACAAAAUACUGCCUUCUUUUAUUUAACUAAAAUUUAGAGAGUAGUGAAUAUGGUGAUAAACACAGUGCUAAAGGUUAGUUGUAAUAUUAAAUAAUUUGUGAAUAUAUUUGCAAGUUGUAAAAAUGUUGAGGCGACGACACGUUAAUGUUAAGACAGUUAAGGAACUGGAUGCAUUUCCGAAAGUUCCUGAGGUAUAUGUUGACAAAACUGCAGUUGGAGGAACAUUUUCCAUUUUUACAGUUCUUAUUAUCAUGUAUCUGGUAAUAGCUGAAACAAGCUAUUAUCUUGAUAGUAGAUUACAAUUCACAUUUGAGCCAGAUACUGACAUUGAUGCAAAACUCCAAAUCAAUAUUGAUGUAACAGUGGCAAUGCCUUGUGGUCGCAUCGGUGCUGAUGUUUUAGAUUCUACGAAUCAACAUAUGAUAGAUUUUGAUUCUUUGACUGAAGAGGAUACAUGGUGGGAAUUAACGCAAGAACAAAGGACACAUUUUGAAGCUUUGAAGCAUAUGAAUUCUUAUUUAAGGGAAGAAUAUCAUGCUAUUCAUGAAUUACUUUGGAAGUCCAAUCAGGUUACUCUUCACAGUGAAAUGCCAAAGCGAUCAUAUGUACCAGAUUACGCACCAAAUGCCUGCCGUGUUCAUGGUAGUCUGAAUGUUAAUAAAGUGGCGGGUAAUUUUCAUAUAACUGCGGGAAAAUCAUUGUCUGUGCCACAUGGUCAUAUACAUAUUUCUGCAUUUAUGACAGAUCGAGAUUAUAAUUUUACUCACAGAAUCAAUAGAUUUUCCUUUGGUGGACCUAGUCCGGGAAUUGUGCAUCCUCUUGAAGGUGAUGAGAAGAUCGCAGAUAACAAUAUGAUGCUUUAUCAAUAUUUUGUUGAAGUUGUCCCUACAGAUAUUAGGACGUUAUUAACAACGUCUAAGACAUACCAAUAUAGUGUCAAAGAUCAUCAGAGGCCAAUUGAUCAUCAUAAAGGAUCUCAUGGAAUACCUGGAAUUUUCUUCAAAUAUGAUAUGAGUGCACUCAAGAUCAAAGUGACACAGGAACGUGAUACAAUUUUUCAGUUUUUAGUGAAAUUAUGUGCCACUGUGGGUGGUAUUUUCGUUACAAGUGGCUUGAUUAAAAACGUAGUACAAAGCUUCUGGUACAUUGUAAGCUGCAAAUUUUUUAGUUUAGAAAAGAAAUCAGAUAAUCAUGGAUCUGUUCCAUCACAUUCCACAAAUUAUCGGUCGCCUAAUACUAUAAAUUUACUUGACGUUACAGCUCCUCAAAGUAUUGAUAUCAUGCGACCUCAAUAAAAAUUUGUAUAUUAAGUAUUUUAUGUAUUUUUCUUAUG